AUGUUAAGUAGCAGAAGAUCAUAAUAACCUGAAUUUAACCAAAUAUUUAAAUCUUAAGAGUGUAAUUUUUCAGCUAAUAAGAUGAUAAUAUAAGAAAUGUAUUAAUGUGGAUAAUGUUUUGAUUAUCCUCAUGGUAUUUGUAAAUACUGUUAUGAACAUUGUCAUAAAAAAACUAGAAAUGUAUAUCAUCAAUAAGCAAAAUUAAUAAAAAUAAGAGGAAAUUUUAAAUGUGAAUGUGGAUUGUUUAAGCAUAAACAAAAAUAACUUAAUAUAUAAUCUUGUCCAUUGAAUUCUUCAAUAUUUUGUCCUAUUUAAAAUUGUGCUAUAUGUUAAACAAAUCUAUGUUCAUUUUGUAUUAAAAAUUGUAAACAUCAACAUAAAUAUAUACCUGGUGAAGGAUGUAAAUGUAAUUAAUUACAUUCCAAAUAUUAACUUAGAUUACAUUAUAUAGAAUAAUUAAAGAAGUAUAAUAUUACAAAGACUCUUAAAUAUAAACCUGAAGAUGAAUUAAUUAUGAUAAAAAUUACUAAUGCAUUACUUAAUAAUUUUGAUAUUUUUGAAAUCUUAUUUGGAGAAUUAAAAAAUACAUUUGAAAAUAUAUUUAAUGAAUUAGAAACAGGAGAUUUUAAUUAAACAUGUAUUUGGUCAUAAAAAUAGUAAUUAAAUAUUUAUUAUUAUUUAUUAGAAUAGAUGUAUAAUAAGAUGAAUAAAAUUUAAAUGAAAAAAUAUUAGAACUAUUUACAGAAAAGAGAUUUCCAUAUACUGAAGUAGCUUCUAUACUUGUGUUUAUAGAAUAAUUACUUAUAAAAUUAAAGUAUAAUCUAAUAUAUCUUGAUGAUAAGAUAUGGUAAUGCAUGACGUCAAGUUAGAUUAAAUUCUUAGUGAGUAAUCAAUCUUAAACUAUGUUUAGGUUAAUAUCAUAUAUUAUCAUAAAAUUUAUAAGAAUCAGCUAAAGAGAAAUUGUCUCAAUUGGUUUUGAAGAUUUUAAAAAUUUAAUCUUUAUAACUUAAAUAUCAAUUUUCUAAAUUUAGAAAAAUAGAUACAUUAGAUAUUGAGAAUAGUACUCCAAUAUAGAGAAAUUAAAUAAGAAAGUAUAAUUAAUGUUUGGAUAAUGGAAUUUUAUAGGUAGAAUUAACUGAAUUGAUAAAGAGAUAUUAUAGAAUUUUAUUUGAUAUUGAAAUUACAAAUCCAAUUCUAUCAAAAUUAUUAAUAGUGUUAUUAAAAUGUGUUAAGAUGGGAUUGUAAACUGGAUUAUUAAUUAAGACUUAAGUUAUAUUUAAAGUAAUUUUGAAUUUAGAGAAAUUAUGCAAAGAUAUUGAUUAUUAUAAUUAAUAGAAAAGUUUUGGAUAAAUUUAAAGAUUUUUUACAGAAUAGAUGUUCAAUCUAUUAAGUAAGAUAUUAAUAUUGACAUAUUUUUAAAUGAAGGAUGAUAUAUUUUAUGAAAUUCUAAAUGAAUAAAUUAGUAGAAAUGAAAAAAGAUAGAUUUCAUUAAUAGAUAAAUAUACAGCAUCAUUUUAUUUUGAAAAAAAGAAAAAGAAUUUAUAAAUUGAUUUAUUUUAUAAUGGAGAAUCAGAAAAGCUUUAAAUAAUAUGGAGAGUGUUUAUAAAUAUAGUAAUAAAUUAUAAUUUGAAUGGAUAAUAUUAUAAUUAGAUGAUGAAUCCAUAAACAAAAUUAAAUCAUAUAAUAUAAAUAAUGUUAAGAGAAAAUUUAUUUGUAGAUACAACUUUAAGAACUUAAAUUAAAUAAUUAUAAAUAGAAGAUUUAUUAUUAUGGAAAUAUGAAAAGUUGACCAUAUUAAAUUAAGAUGUAUUUAUUAUUAUUAAUAUAUAAGUUUAUAAUUCAAUUAAAUAAUUUUAAAUCUGAAUGGAAUAAAUAUUUAAAAAAUUCUAUUUAAAACUCAUUUGAGUUUGAUGAAACUGAAUUAGAAAGAUUAGAAAAUUUAUGUAAAGAUCUUUUAAAUACAAAAUAUUUUAAAGAAUUAGAAAAAUUUGAAUUUAAUCAAGAGAAAAUGUGUGAAAAUUAAAAAAAAACGUAUAAAUAUCAUUUUUAAAUUUAUUAGUUAAUCAGCAAAAAAUUUAUAAGAUGAAUUAAAACAACAUUUAAAAUAGGAUAUGAAAAUAAUAAAAUAAACUUAAUAAAUAUUAUAUGAAAAAAGCAUAGAUUAAAUUAUUAUUAGAUAUUGUUAAUUUCUAAUUUAAAAUUAAUUUGUUAAAUUAACUUAAUUAGAAAUUAUUAUAAAUAUUACAAAUUUAAUGUUUUAAAUUCUUAAAAGAAUGAUUAAUUAUAAUUAAUAAUUGAUUAAUUAGAUUUAUACAGUAGAAAAUUAUUAAUUAUUUUAAAGAAUUGCAGAAAAAGAACUACCUUAUUAUGGUUAAUGUAAAUUAAGAAAUAUCAUAAUAUAAUUUCAUUUUGAUGUUAUAUUAAAAAGUGGAUUUAUUAUUGUCUAUUAAUAUUGCUUUUUAAAUCCAUAAUUUCUAUUAUAGCAUUUAAUUAAUUUAAAUGAAAUUUUAGAUAGUUAAUAUGAUGAUUGUGCAGAAUUAACUUAAAAACAUGCAUCUAAUAUAUUAUAUAAUAAACACUAAAUAUUUGAAUUAAUCAUUGCAAUUUUAGAAUUGAUCAUAAUAUCAAAUGAAAUGAAUCAUGAUUAUUUACAAUUUCAUUAAAUUUGUGAAAAUCUAUACAAUAACAUAUUACCUUAAGUACUUAAUCAUUCUACUGAUAUAUUCACAAAAGGAAAUUAAUAUACACCAAAUUCUUCAUCAUAUGAUAUCUAUAUGAAUUAAAAUUAUAAUAGAUAUUCAUUUAUGUCAUUUAAUAAUUCUUUAGAAUAUAUUUAAAACGGAAUUUCUAAUAAUUAAAAUAGUCCUAAGAAUUAAUUAUCAUAAAUGUCAUUUUAUUCUAUUAAUUCUUUAAAUUAAUCAUAAAUUAUACAGUAAUCUUUUACAAUGAAAUAAUUAAAUGAAAUAUUCUAAAAAUAAAAGGAUAUAAGUAAUUAAGAAGAAUUAGCAAUAGCAACAAUAUUAUUAACACAUACAUUUAUUCGUUUUAUGAAUCUAAUUAUUGAUUAUUUUAACAGAAAUUAAUUAUUAGAAACUUAAGAUUUAAAAGAAUAAGCAUUAAUAAUAGAAAAAAUUGAAUUGAUACAUUAAUAUUUUGGUUAAUAAUUGGAAUAAUGUUAAUUAUUCUAAGGACCUUUAGGAGGAUUUGAGGAAUUGGUAUAAGUGAUGGAGAAAUUCUCAAGUCUUGUAAGUUAUUCUUUAUCCAAUAAACUUGAAAAAACAAAACCACCUGAAAUAUUUUAGAUUAAAGAGAAUAAUUUAAGUGUUGCAAUUUCAUAAAAAGCAAUAGAUGAUAUUGUUAGAUUUAAAGAUAAAAACAUAUUCUAAUCUUUAAAUAAAGUGUUAUUGAAAUUUAAAUUAAAAAGAAUUGAAUUAGAAAAUGAUAUUUUAGAAUAAAAUGCUAUAGUAUAAUUGAUUAAAAAAGAAUAUCAUAAUAGAAGUAAAGAAUAAUAUAGUCUAAUAUUUAUAAAUGUAUUAAUUGAAUUAUUAUAAUAAUAAACAUGCUUUUAAAGAAAUCGUAAUUUAGUAUAUCCAAAUACAAUUUUUAUGUCUCAUAUUAAUUAUAUAAUAUAAUUAUAGAGAUUAUUAUAAGCUGAAACUAAACCAGUAUAAUAAAUAAUUAACACAAAUAUAGAAAAAUAAAAUCAGAAAUAUCCUAAUUUUUAAAAGAAUUUUGAUAGUUUCUUAGAAUAUUUAUCAACUAAAAUUAUUCCAUAUUUAUUUAAAAAAGUAAUUGUAUAUCAAGAUUAACAUUAUUUAUCAAUAGUUAUUAAUAGUGGUAAAUAUUCAAUUAUUGUACUUGAAUUCAUAAGAUAUUUAGCAGAAGGAUAGAAUUCAGAAAUGUAGAAAUAUGUUGGAGAAUCAGGAUUAUUAUUAUGUAUACUUUAAUUAUUAGUUGAUUUAUUUAAAUCUAAAUAAAUUCUAGAAAUUGUUAGAGAAACUAGUAAUCAAAAUAAAAUUAAAUCAUAAACUAAAGCUAGUUUUUAAAAAGCAGUUCAUAAUGUAAGAUCUAUGUAAUUAAAGAAAAAAAAUAGUAGUACUACAGAUUAUUUAUUAAAAUUUCUUUAAAAAAGAAAAAAUAUUUAGAAAUAAACAAGUACAUAAAAUGAAUUUAUGUAAUUUGGUAUUCAUAGUACUUAAGGAGAUUAAUAUGGAAUUGAUGUUUCUUAAGCUUUUCUUAAACUCUUUGCUCAUACAAUUAUAACAAUUGCUGAAUUUAAUUAAGGUUCUUAAUAAAAUAAUUAAAAAUUAACAUUUAAUGAAUUAAGUAAAAAUAGAGUUUGGUAAGUCAUUAUUUAAAUAUUAAUUGUAAGAACAAAUGAAAAUUAAUAAAAUAGUGUAUAUACACUUAGACUCUAUAUAUUUUAAUUGAUUUUAUCAUUACUUGAAGAUCCUGAAAGAAAUUCAGAUGAUUUUUAAUAUAUAAUGAAUCUUAUCAAUCACAAAUUAUUAGAAGAAACUCUUACAUAAACUUAUAGAGCAUUAAUAAUAUUUAAUAAAUUAGAUCUUAAAGAUUUAUCUACUAUUGAUAGUUAAUUAACUGAAAAAUAUAGAAGAGAAUUAGGAGAUAAUAUAAAUGAAUCAUUAAUUUUUGAUUCAAAAAUGCUUAUUAAAAUACUUUAUUAAAUCUACAAAAUGUUGAAUUUAUAUGCUACUAGUAGUCUUGAAAUAUCUUAAUAUUUAAAAGAUUAAAAAUAAUAAUGUUAAUAAAGUUAAACAUAAUUAUUGAAAAGAGAAGGAGAUCAUUUAGUAAAAUCAGCAUUUUAAUUUAUAUUUAAUAUUGUUGGUUCUAUAGAAUAUGUUAAUUAAAAGGAUUAAAUAGAGAUUUUCCAUUUUCUAAAACCUCCUAUGUGUUUUUUCUUAUCAGAAGAAACUAAAUUAUAAUUUUUAAUAGAAACAAUAGAUAGAUCAAAUUCUGCAUCUAAAUUAGCAUCUAUAUUUGAUUCCAUUCCUCAAUUCAUGACAGAAAUGAAAGAAAAUAUGUCAAAAUAUAGAAAAUCUUUAUUCUUCUAAAGAUUAAUAAAUGUAGCCAUAUCACCUAAGUAACUAUCUCAUUAUUUACUAUUAGUUUUAAUCAUACUUAAUUGGCUACAUCAAUUACAGCAUUAAAUAUUAUAGUAAUAUUGUUAAUAUCUAAUACAGCUUUUGUGAAAAUAGAAAAUGAUGAAAAUGGCAUUACUAUGAAGUAUUAAGAACCUCAUUCUUUGGCAUUAACACUUUGUUAAAUAUUAUUAAUAUUUACAUCACUUUUAGCAUUAAUUUGUCAAUUAUUUUUUAGAAUGAGUAUCUAUUAUUAAAUUAGUUGUAAAGAGGUUAAACAUACAUUCUACAAUACCUUUGUUAUUAUGUUCAAAAUAUUAUAAAGAAGAGAUAUAUUUUAGUUUUUCUUACAUUUUGUACUUAGCAUUUUAGGAACAUUUGAACCUUUCUGUUUUUACUUAUAAAGUUUUUGUUUUAUUUAUAUCUCUUAAACAAUGUCAUCAGUAUUAGAAGCAUUGAGAUUGAGAUGGUAAUAAUUCUUAGGGAUUUUCAGUGUUUUAUUGAUUAUUUUGAAUGCUUAUAGUUAUAUAGGAUUUAGAAGAUUUUCAACUAGUUUUUAAUUAGAUGUAAUAGUACAUCCAGAAAAUGAUAUACAUGAAGAGGAAUUACUUUGUGAUACUCCUGCUCAUUGUUUUAUAAGUUUAGUGUAUUUUGGUUUAAGAGAAGGUUCAGGAUUAGCAGCACAUGGAGAUAUUGAAAGUUAUCAUAAAUCAUCUGAUUAUUAUCCAAGAUUUUUAUUUGAUUUUAGCUUUUUUAUAAUUGUAACACUUAUUAUGAUUAAUAUCAUUAAUGGUAUCAUAAUAGAUACAUUUGCAGAACUUAGAGACAAAUAAUAAUAAAAUGAGUAUGAUAGAAAUAAUGUUUGUGUUAUAUGUUCUUUAGAAAGGUAUCAAAUUAUUAAUAAUAAUAGAUGGGAAUUUGAGAAAUAAGGAUUAUAAUUUCAAGAACAUGUAGAUGAAGUACAUAGUCUUUCAAAUUAUAUUGCUUUUAUUGUACAUCUACUUUAAGUAGGAAAAUAAAAUAUGAAUGGUAUUGAAACUCAUAUUUAUACAAAAAUAAUAACUAGAGAUAUGAGUUGGACACCAUUAAAAAAAACAUAAUAAUUACUAGAUAAGUUAUGA